AUGAUGCGUAAAGUAACUUACGAACUGGGCCGCUGCGCUCGCGAGACGGGACAGGCACUCGACCGCCUCGGUCUGCGCGUUUUGAACGACCACUCGUUCAAGGAAAAAUUUUCCCGCCACCGUCAGGUCAUGGCUCUGUACGACAAGCGUCCGAAGAUCGCCCACGACGUGUGGGUCGCUCCAAACGCCACGGUGGUAGGCGACGUUGAGAUCUGCAACGAUGCCUCGAUCUUCUACAACGUCGUGAUCCGAGGCGACCUCAACCAAGUGCGUAUUGGCAACCGCACGAACGUGCAGGACCGUACAGUCAUCCACACAGCGAGCUCCACGAGUCCAGGCUUAGCCCCAGGCGCGCACAUUGGCAACGACGUCACUGUCGGCCAUGGCUGCACGCUCUACUCGUGCACCAUUGAGAACAGUGCGCUCAUUGGCAUGGGCACGAUCGUUCUCGAUGGUGCCCUCGUCGAGUCCAACACGAUCCUUGCAGCUGGCAGCGUCGUGCCGCCUGGACGCCGCAUUCCUGCGGGACAACUCUGGGCGGGCAACCCGGCCAAGUACGUGCGCGACCUCUCGGACGACGAGGUCGCUGAUAUUACCAAGCAGGCCAGCGAGUACCGGAACAUCGCCAGCACUCACAGUGACGAGUUUUUGCCGUACGGCACGGCAUACUUGGAUGCUGAGAGGAUUAAAGCUGCGGGUGGCCAACUGUAG